AAUAAAACCGGAAUAACGCCAUGAGAUUACAUCGUCUUUGAUGGAGGUGAUGUUUUGGUAGGAACCUCUGUCGUAAGAUGCUGUGGUGUUGCGCGAGGAUCCUGAACACCACAAUGAAGCUGCUAUUUUUGGUGGCACUCUUAUGGCGCGGGGCAUUGUGCGGAUCUCCGAGCGUCCAGAUUGGUGGUUUAUUUCCCAGGGGCGCAGAUCAGGAGUACAGUGCAUUCCGAGUUGGCAUGGUUCAGUUUGGGAUGGCAGAUUUCAGACUAACUCCACACAUAGAUAACCUAGAGGUGGCCAACAGCUUUGCUGUUACUAACUGCUUUUGUUCCCAGUUCUCUCGGGGUGUCUAUGCCAUUUUUGGCUUCUAUGACAAGAAAUCGGUCAACACCAUCACAUCCUUUUGUGAGACACUUCAUGUCUCCUUCAUUACACCUUCUUUCCCAGCAGAAGGAAUGAAUCAGUUUGUUCUCCAAAUGAGGCCGGACAUCAAGGGGCCACUAGUUUCAUUAGUGGAGUACUACAAAUGGGAAAAGUUUGCCUAUCUGUAUGACAGUGAUCGAGGUCUUUCGACUCUUCAGGUAAUACUGGACACUGCAGCAGAGAAAAAAUGGGUCGUCACUGCAAUAAAUGUAGGAAACCUGAAAGAUGAGAGAAAGGAUGAAGCCUACCGGUCCCUGUUUCAGGACCUGGAGAUCCGUAAGGAACGGCGCAUCAUACUGGACUGUGAACAAGAUAAAGUGAAAGACAUCAUGGAGCAGGUGAUCACUAUAGGCAGGCACGUGAAAGGAUAUCACUAUAUAAUAGCAAACUUGGGUUUUGUGGAUGGUGACCUCUCUAAAAUCCAGUAUGGAGGUGCAAAUGUGUCUGGCUUUCAGAUUGUAGAUUUUGAUGAUCCUGUGGUGGCAAAGUUUGAUCAGCGAUGGGAGGCUUUGGAAGAAAAAGAGUAUCCUGGAGCUGAUACAAGGAUCAGAUAUACUUCAGCCCUCACCUAUGAUGCAGUCCAUGUGAUGACUGAGGCAUUCCGAUUCCUGCACAAGCAAAGAAUAGAUAUAAGUCGUCGUGGCAACAGUGGGGACUGUCUAGCUAAUCCAGCAGUGCCCUGGGCACAGGGGGUGGAAAUUGAGCGUGCCCUCAAACAGGUGCAUGUAGAUGGUUUAACAGGGAAUAUACAGUUUGACCAGUACGGAAAAAGGAUCAACUAUUCGGUGACAAUCAUGGAGCUUAAGAACAAUGGACCUGUUAAGAUUGGGUAUUGGAAUGAGGUGGAUAAGAUGGUUCUGACAAAGUCAGACCUUUACCCAAAUGACACAAUGGGAAUGGAAAAUAAGACUGUCAUCGUUACAACGAUAUUGGAAGCACCAUAUGUGAUGCUAAAGAAGAAUGCUGAACUAUUUCAAGACAAUGACCGUUAUGAAGGUUACUGUGUCGACCUGGCUGCGGAGAUUGCAAAGCACUGUGGGAUACGCUACCAGCUAAGGAUUGUGGGAGAUGGCAAAUAUGGAGCAAGAGAUGCUGAAACCAAAAUCUGGAAUGGUAUGGUUGGAGAGCUGGUAUAUGGGAAAGCAGAUAUAGCUAUUGCUCCCCUGACAAUCACUCUUGUCCGUGAAGAGGUGAUAGAUUUCUCCAAACCCUUCAUGUCUUUGGGAAUCUCCAUCAUGAUUAAAAAGCCACAAAAAUCCAAACCAGGUGUUUUCUCCUUUCUGGACCCGCUGGCCUAUGAAAUCUGGAUGUGCAUUGUCUUUGCCUACAUAGGAGUUAGUGUUGUUCUCUUUCUGGUAUCCAGGUUCAGCCCUUAUGAAUGGACGCUUGAGGAGCCAGAAGAUGGAGCCUUGCCAUUAACCACUGAAUCCACCAAUGAGUUUGGGAUAUUUAAUUCUCUUUGGUUUUCUUUGGGUGCUUUCAUGCGACAGGGUUGUGACAUCUCACCAAGGUCUCUUUCAGGACGUAUAGUUGGUGGGGUGUGGUGGUUUUUCACUCUGAUCAUUAUCUCAUCAUACACUGCUAACCUGGCUGCCUUCCUCACGGUGGAGAGGAUGGUGUCUCCCAUUGAGAGUGCUGAAGACCUGGCUAAGCAGACGGAGAUAGCAUAUGGAACACUGGACUCUGGAUCCACCAAGGAGUUUUUCAGGCGUUCCAAAAUCGCCUUGUUUGACAAGAUGUGGCAGUACAUGAAAAAUGCAGAACCUUCAGUUUUUGUCAAGAAAACAUCAGAAGGUGUCCAGCGUGUCAGGAAAUCCAAGGGAAAGUACGCUUACCUGCUGGAGUCCACCAUGAAUGAGUACAUCGAGCAGAGGAAACCCUGUGACACAAUGAAAGUUGGGGGAAACCUGGACUCAAAAGGCUAUGGCAUCGCCACACCAAAAGGAUCCCCAUUAAGAAAUGCGGUGAACCUGGCGGUGUUAAAGUUGAACGAGCAGGGGCUGCUGGACAAACUGAAAAACAAGUGGUGGUAUGACAAGGGAGAAUGCGGCAGCGGAGGAGGGGAGAGCAAGGAGAAGACCAGCGCACUCUCUCUUAGUAAUGUAGCAGGAGUCUUCUACAUCCUGGUUGGAGGUCUGGGAUUAGCCAUGAUGGUGGCACUGGUCGAGUUUUGCUACAAGAGUCGUGCAGAAGCCAAAAAAAUGAAGGUGGCAGCCAACACCUUGUCAUCACCCCAGCACACAGGAAACUACACACACACUCUGCCUUCUCCUCAACAUCCCCCCAACUACAACCUGCUGUCCCCCAGCCACCAGCCAAACUACGCCACCUAUAAAGAAGGCUACAACGUUUACGGCAUUGAGAGCGUCAAGAUCUAACACGGAUGAAAUUCACGGAUGCGAUGCGCUCCAAAGCUCGUCUGUCUAUCACAGGAUCGACCAGCGAGAAUGGUCGUGUUCCAGUGGCUUACCUCCGUCCUGGAUUACCCAUGAGUCUCAGCAUGACUGAUCUCUCCUGACUACAUCCAAGCCAGUGCCUUACAGCUAGAAAGACUGGACAGAUGUCUACCCACCACUUGGCUGUCAGGCUUCAGCAAAGACCUGCCCAUCAAUGAAGAGAGUCACUUGACCAUCAGUGAGAAGAAUGGCUGUUCAUAUACAAAUUCAUGAAAAGCAAUCAAGCACAGUGGACAGUUUUCUAAUCAAAUACACAUCAUUGUUUAAUGGAUUUUUUCCCCCUCUUGUACAGACAACAAGAAACAAUGAUGCUAACGCAAUAACAAUAUUAAUCAGGAAUGUGAUCAGCAGUUAUAAAAGCAGACUGGUGGAAUGAAAUAUCACAUCCAUAAAAUAUUAGCAAUUGUGGUAGCAGAUAAUGAUAUUGCUAUUGUUCCUAUUUUUUCUCCUUAUUUUUCCCUGAAAAUCCCUAAUGAAUGGAAACUUUUACCAGAUUAAGGGAUGCAUGGACUAGCAACCACAGGUACACAGUGUAAACACUUCUACAACACAACACUACAAAAACAUACAAAUUAUAUGCAGGGAUGGGCUGAAAUGGGUUAAAAAGUACCUGAGCAGGGUGUGAUACUGAAAGCAUCAACAAAUGCAAUCUGAGAAAGUGAAUAUACCUGGCUCAAACUGGCCACUCAUCAGUAUUAAGAUUAAAAUGAAGCAAUUACUAAUGCUUAAAAUGCAUUUAAACUAGUCUUUCAUGAAACGCUGUCCACUCCAAGAUAUGUUAAAUAAUUAAA